AUGAAUCGAUUUUUGGUGCAGGAUAAACCUAUAGUUGCUAAUAUGAUAGUCCCUAAAAAACGAUUAGUUGGCGAUUGUGCGGACAAUGUGGUAAAUGCUGUCUUAAAAAUUAUGUCUAUUAAGGACUUGAAGAGUAUCAAUCAACAAACUUCCUUGGCAGAACUUGGAAUGGAUUCUAUGAUGGGUGUGGAAAUAAAACAAACUUUAGAGCGCGAGUAUGAAAUAUAUCUCAACGCGGAAGAUAUUCGCAGCUUAAACUUUGCCAAACUUAUGGAAAUAGAAAAUAAGCUAAUAGGUGAUAGUAAUCGUAUUGAAAUUAUUACCGAGAAAAUAUUAUUUGGUACAAAGAUAUUGAUGCAAUUGAUCGGCGAAGAACUUUCCUCCGAACUAAUUAUCUCCCUUAAAACUAACCCAGAGGAAGAUCGGAGCGAGAUAUUCUUCAUUCCAGGUAUUGAAGGCUUUGGUAUCAUUUUCAAAACAUUAGAAUCGAAAAUUAAGUCGCCAGCGACAUGUUUCCAACUUGGGACAAAUUAUGGAUUAGAAACUAUUGAAGAAAUGGCCCUUUCAUUUCUACCGCAUAUACUAGAGAAACUUAAAGAUCGAAAAGAUUUUACUUUAGUGGGAUACUCAUUCGGAUCGCUUGUAACAAUUGAAUUCACACGAUAA